CGCAGGAGCAGGAGGAGGGGAGCCGCGCCGCCAGGGAGGGAAGCCGGGGCGAGGCGAGGAGGUGGCGGGAGGAGGAGACAGCGGGGAAAGGUGUCACAUAAAGGAGGGCUCUCCACCGCUUUGGAGGCAUCAUGGCCGCUAAGUCAGACGGGAGGCUGAAAAUGAAGAAGAGCAGCGACGUGGCGUUCACCCCGCUGCAGAACUCGGACCACUCGGGCUCGGUGCAGGGAUUGGCUCCGGGCUUGCCGUCGGGGUCGGGAGCCGAGGACGAGGAGGCAGCGGGGGGCGGCUGCUGCCCGGACGGCGGCGGCUGCUCGCGCUGCUGCUGCUGCUGCUGCGCCGGGAGCGGCGGCUCGGGCGGCGGCUCCGGCGGCAUCGGCGGCCCGGGCGGCGGCGGGGCGGGUUCGGCGGCGCUGUGCCUGCGCCUGGGCAGGGAGCAGCGGCGCUACUCGCUGUGGGACUGCCUCUGGAUCCUGGCCGCCGUGGCCGUGUACUUCGCGGACGUGGGCACGGACAUCUGGCUCGCCGUGGACUACUACCUGCGCGGCCAGCGCUGGUGGUUCGGGCUCACGCUCUUCUUCGUGGUGCUCGGCUCGCUCUCGGUGCAGGUGUUCAGCUUCCGCUGGUUUGUGCACGAUUUCAGCACCGAGGACAGCGCCGCGGCCGCCGCCGCCUCCAGCUGCCCGCAGUCUGGAGCGGACUGCAAGCCGGUGGUCGGCAGCGGGUCUGCAGCCGCGGAAGGCGAGGCUCGUCCUUCCACGCCGCAAAGACAAGCGUCCAGCGCCAGCAAGAGCAACAUCCCCGCCACCAACAGCGGCAUCAACAGCAACGGGGCCACCCGGGCCAGCGGCAAGCACAGGUCUGCGUCCUGCUCCUUCUGCAUCUGGCUCCUGCAGUCACUCAUCCACAUCUUGCAGCUCGGGCAGAUCUGGAGAUAUUUCCACACCAUAUACUUAGGCAUCCGAAGCCGGCAGAGCGGGGAGAACGACCGAUGGAGAUUCUACUGGAAGAUGGUCUACGAGUGCGCGGACGUGAGCAUGCUCCACCUGCUCGCCACCUUCCUGGAGAGCGCCCCGCAGCUGGUCCUGCAGCUCUGCAUCAUCGUGCAGACGCACAGCCUGCAGGCCCUGCAAGGUUUCACAGCAGCCGCCUCCCUCGUGUCCUUGGCCUGGGCCCUGGCCUCUUACCAGAAGGCCCUCCGGGACUCUCGCGAUGACAAGAAGCCCAUCAGCUACAUGGCCGUGGUCAUCCAGUUCUGCUGGCACUUCUUCACCAUCGCCGCCAGGGUCAUCACCUUCGCCCUCUUCGCCUCGGUUUUCCAGCUGUACUUUGGGAUCUUCAUCGUCCUGCACUGGUGCAUCAUGACCUUCUGGAUCGUCCACUGUGAGACGGAGUUCUGCAUCACCAAGUGGGAGGAGAUCGUGUUCGACAUGGUGGUGGGAAUCAUCUACAUCUUCAGCUGGUUCAACGUCAAGGAAGGCAGGACUCGCUGCAGGCUCUUCACCUACUACCUGGUCAUCCUUCUGGAAAACACCGCCUUGAGUGCCCUCUGGUACCUCUACAAGGCUCCCCAGAUCGCAGACGCGUUUGCCAUCCCUGCGCUGUGCGUGGUGUUCAGCAGCUUCCUGACCGGUGUGGUUUUCAUGCUGAUGUACUAUGCCUUCUUUCACCCCAACGGACCCAGGUUCGGGCAGUCACCCAGCUGUGCUUGUGAAGACCCCGCCGCUGCCUUCUCUCUGCCUCCAGAGGUGGCCACGAGCACCCUGAGGUCCAUCUCCAAUAACCGCAGCGUGGCCGGUGACCGCGACCAGAAAUUCGCAGAGCGGGAUGGGUGUGUCCCUGUCUUUCAGGUGAGGCCCACGGCCCCAUCCACCCCAUCGUCUCGCCCACCACGGAUUGAAGAAUCUGUCAUUAAAAUUGACCUGUUCAGGAAUAGGUACCCAGCGUGGGAGAGACAUGUUUUGGACCGAAGCCUCCGAAAGGCCAUUCUGGCCUUUGAAUGCUCCCCGUCUCCUCCGAGGCUGCAGUACAAAGACGACGCUCUCAUUCAGGAGCGGCUGGAGUAUGAAACCACUUUAUGAGACGAAGGGCCUGGAGGAGGGCCACGCCCUGCAGGUGCAGGGGCGACAGCAGGGCUGCGGCAAUAACGAACCUGCACCCAAGAGCGGGGCGGCGGGCGGCGGUGUCCUAGCCUGACCGCCGUCAGGACGAGGUCUGACCCUCCGCCAGCCGACUGCCUGCUGCUGGCCUCCUGUCAAAGAGCAGCCGCGAGCCUCCCGUUCCACCUGCAGGGGGCGGACCAGCGCAGCAGGACCCCUUGGGGCUGCCAGCCCCUCCCGCACAGUCUUUUAGCACAUCCGCCGGAGGGCACCGUUGUGAUGGAAAGUGUUGCCUCCAAUCAGUAGGGUGUUUUGAUGGAGUUAACUGAUCGUUGCAUAAAAUGUACUGAGUCAUACACACACGUACACACACAUGUACACACACACACACACACACACACACACACCAGUCCUCCGUCAAAAUAGCUUAGGUGAUUUUGCUUGAUGCGAAGCUGUGAUUCCCACAGGAACACAAAAAACAAAGAGAGAAAACAUACCCCUCCAGACCUGAGAAGAAACAAAACACAAUUAGUACUGCUUAGACAGAAUUCAUAAACCAUUCUCAUGUGGAAACCAGUACCCUGUGUGAAGGGCCGAUAAUCCAGCGGCAGACAACCCAAGUGAGUUUACACAUGCAUUAGAGUUGGUGGAAUGGUUCGUUUUCAACACAUUUCAGGAUUUUUUUUUUAAUUUUAAAUUUUCAGUUCAGAACAUCUUUGAUGACAGAAACCCUAUGCAGCCCACGUCUGGCUUUUGACAAGACCAAGGAGCUCCAUAACUUAGCGAUGUAGGUUCAGUGAUAAUCAGGAUUCAGUAUUCAGUUACGAAACUGUAAUAAAUACACAAAGAGGAAGCGGGGGGCCGGGGGGCAGAGAGGCAAAGCGAGCGUCUGAUUCCGCAGCUUGCGCGCCUCGCACGGGACGUCCGGGCAGAGCUGCGGGAGAGACAGGCUGUGUUCAGGCCCGGGGUGCAGGCGGGGCCCCGGAGCACGCCCCGCCGCCCCUUCUAGUGCCAAACGCCGCCGUGCGCCGGGCUGCCGGGGAGCCCGGCCAGCCGGGCACGCGCCCCACAAAGCAGAGGAGAGCUGCGCCGUCACGUUCUCCUCUGUGGACAGACUCCCCCUCCCCCACUCAAGGGCAAAGUGACGUGUCUUUCGGAAGCUUUGGGACGCUCUUUAGUAAGUAUGAGCCGACAGGUGCAGUGAGAAUGCUAUGGGAAAUCCCUUCUGAACUGAGCGGGGGCCUAUCACUAGAUCCAGCUAAGAUCUGAAUUGAACCAUUUGUGAAGUCGCACUCCUACAGGCUUCUGGGUUUUAAAUGCCUCCGUCCAGCAAGUAGACGUUCCCCACUUUCUGUUCCCAGCGUCCUCGGUCAUGGUGCUUUUUGUUGCAUUAAAAGUGCCGGUCAAACUUUGAUAGUAUUUUUUUAUAGUUGGUGCAGAGUGGAAUAACUCAUGGAUUAUUUCAAUAUUUUUGUAAUAAAAAUAUAGGGUACACGUCUAGGCAUCAUCCCUUUUUUUAUAGACCUGGAAUCGUUUAAAACACUUUAAGCAUCAUAGUUGCUUGGGACGUCAGACACUGGUCCACAGAUUCCCAUCAGCCUGCCUCGGCAGAUUGAGAACACCUGUCUCUUGCAAGACCCCCCUACUUUACAAUGUUGGUGCCCCCAGGAACCUGGCCAGGGGUGCUAUUAGAACAUCAGGUGACGAGAGAGUCCGCUUGACUAGAAAGGGCUUGUCAAGACUGGCCAAUGUUUCCCCGGAAAUCAGAGACAUAAACGAUAACUUCCAUCCAUCCACUAUGACAAACCUGACCACAGUGGACGACGUCUUAAACUCCCUUCCCUGGUUUUGUAUUAUCCCAACUGAUAGACUAAAUAUUAGUUGUCACUUUAAAAAGAAAAAGUCAGUUUGACAUCAAUCAGUUAUUUGGACUGUCCAAUUCACUUUAAGUAGUCGUGUUCUAGAGCCGCCACCCGUAACAGGCAGCUGCUGUCCCUGUGGCGGCGUCCACAGGAGUGACAGGCAGCUCCACCCACAACUUUUUUGAUACAAAGCACCAAAACGAUGUUUAAAAAAUAGACAAUUUUUUAUCAGUAGACAUGAUAGGAUCCUCCAAGCAAGAUUUCACUAAAAAAAAUAACAUUCUCUGGGCAAACAUUAUCUAGUCACCAGUAAAGGUCCAGGGAGACGCUCUUCUUGUCAACAAUUGCUGAGAACAUUCCACCCCCCCCCAACUGUAGAAGGAAACAAAAAUGAUUAUAUUGGCAAAUUCCUCACUUUCGGUGCAGAACCAUGAGUUAUUAGCAUCAUUAUUUCCAAGACAACUUUUAAUUGAUGAUCUGUGGAAGUUGAAUUGCUCAGUUGAACUAUAGCUUUGAUGCCACGUGUAAAUAACAGGUUAUAAUAUUGUCAGUCAACACAAACCCAGCAGCCCUGUCACUCUCCAGCCAUGUAAGACCUAAAUUAUUUCUCAAUUAUUUCUUCAUGUAACACGUGAAGAGCCAAAAUGAGUGCUGCGUGGGUGUGAACCGAGGUGCUACGCUUUGUCUUGGAGGUGAGGAUGCAUUCGGGAAGGUGUCAGAAGUGUGAAUUUUUCAAUGAUUUCCCAAAUACGGUAAAUACUCUGUUAUCCAACACACUUGAAGGUUACAAAAUUCUAGUCAAAAUCCUUGUUAAGGAAAUAUCUCCACCAUGUUCUGAAUUACAAACUUCCUCAAGAUUAUAAACAAGAACAAGAAAAAGUUUGCUUCUGAGGAAGACGAUGACUUAAUCGUGCUCCCAAGACUCAGAAGGCUCUGGGCUGCCGUCAGACUGUGCGGCGAUGAGAGCUUUUAUUGGCUUCUAGACACGCUGAUAACAGAGAGUUUAAAGUAUUAGGAUUUAAAGAGACAUCGUCAGUGUACAAAGGAACAAAGUUUGAUUUCCCUAUUUACAUUUCAGUUCUUUCUUAGCUUUUAUUUUCAAUUCACCACUUAACCCUCCACAGAGAGUGACCCAGGAAUCCAGAGGGAGCACCCCACAGUGAGCGCACAAAUUGGAAGAGCUGGAUUCUUUCUGUGGCCUCCAGCUGUCUAUUCUGAGUCCACCUGGGGUCCCUGUGGGGUGGAAGGGUCUGCUUUUGGUAUUUGAUUUUUGCGCAGGGCCAUGAAAUGUUCUGCAGGAAAAUACGUUUUUUCGCUUUUAAAUUAGCAUUUCUAAAUGAAACCCUAUUUGAGAUUAAUGAAUGUAUAUGUCUUAACCACACUGAGACUUUAAGUAUUUGUGUGGAAGAAAAAGAUUUUUCCAUGUAAGUCAAAGUUUGGUCCCCAAAAAUGACCAUGUCCUUUAAAUCUUCUCUGAUUUCCAUUUGUCCUCCUUAACCAUGUACUGUCUAGUUCAGUGACCUUGACUUUACACUCUGUUACUAUUCAUUUAUGACAUUGCUGUGAACCCAACAAAUGAAAUAAAUUUUCCUACUAACAUGGCAAGAAUAUACAAUUCAAGUAUGAGCAAAAGAUAAAAUACAAAGAUAAUCUGAAGAUAUUGAAGCACAUUGAAGUAUUUACACUUAAUUUCUAAAUGCCCUAUUUCUUUGGCUCUGUGAAUAAAUGAAGUGACGGCACUGACCAAUUUAAGGGGAAUAGGGAUAAUUGAAAUCUCAAUGACUUCUUUUAAAAUAUCAUCCAUGUUUGUGUAUGGUAUAGAUUACAAACAUGUAUUCUAUAUAAUACACAAACACACAGCCACACAACUAAAGUGACAGAGGAAGGGCGUAAAGUAUACACUGCCCUUUCAUGUCUGUAAAUGGGUAUGUUAUUGACACAUGAACUUUUAGAUAAAAAGCUUUUUCUCGCUCCUUUCGGCGCCAGCCCGAGCAUAUCGUCCACAUCUGUUAAGACGUCAACACACCUGUGAUCUUCAGUUGGAAAUACCUAGAUGUAAUUUAGCUCUUUUAACUUGAAUGAACUCUCCCACUCCUGGAAGGGCUCAUCUUUUAAGCAGUUGAAUAGAACAGUUGUGAGUCAUUGCAGAGUUUCUCUCUCCGAACAGACUGAAUGGAGCGAAGGAAACCCCUGGGGUCCUUACCAGGAUUCUGUGAGGUUACCUGUUUGCCUUGAAUUGUACCAAAUGCCAUCGAGUGGAAACAACUUCUGACACAAUGUUUGGACAAGAAUUCAGAGGAAUUUUUUUUUCUAAUGAACCAUUUUCUAGACUACACGCACAUUCCCCUCUGUUCUCACAAGUCUUUGCCAUUAGCCAUCACCCCCUGUGUAAAGCUGGGACGAGGUGCCGCAGUUUUGUUUCUCAGGAGGAUUCCUUAAAGCUCUUGUAAAAGUAGCUCGGGCCGUCUUUCAGAAAUAGAGCUCCGAGGACGGCUGACGCGCCUGCUGCAGACACAGAGGGACUUAGUGGCCAUUUCUCUAAUUUCAGUGAUGGAUUCAGAUCAACUCAUGUUCAUUUAUCUUCAGCAACCCAGUGUCACUUGUGGAAACCAUCAGAACGAUUGCUCCCGCCAGCUUGUGGCUCAGAACCCCCCUUCUCCCCCUCUGAAGCAGGAGCGCCUCAGACGGGCCAAGGACGAGCGGAUCCCCCUCCGUCACCACCACCCCGCCCCUGGUCUCCGAGGCUCCGGCCCCGACCCGACCCGACCCGAGUCAGGCUGGGCAAGGGUCUUGACCUCUGGGCAGUACUUCCUCCCCCUACUGGGGCAGAGCGCUCUCUGUGGACACACAUCUUGUCCAGUUGCCUUCCUGAGAACGGGCACCUGGAAAGACACAAUACGUGUCCCUGAUCAGCACCCUCAAAAGCAGAACUCUGCGGGGUGUGGGCGGGACUGUGUAAAAACACGAGCCGUUCCGCUGCGCUGACCGUGGCAGCUAGGCAGCUGGCACACAGCCUGCUCUCACGCAGAGGGCCUGGCGGCGGGCGAGGCCAGCAGGAACCAGGGGUCUGGAAGCUCUUCCUUGAGUGUCUGAGGCAUCACGUUGUCUCAACACCCAUCGGAAGCUCUUUCUCUAGAUUCCAUAAGGAAAAAGAAAAAUCAGACUUUUGUAAUAUUGCAGGCAACGGCUUAGCCCAGAAAUCUAACACUUUGGUCUUUUGUGCUGCUAAAUAAGAGGUGAUUUAAUGUCGCUGCGAUGGCUCGUUGCUUUGUUAAAAUUGUUUUCAUAAUAUUCCGACGGGAGUCAGAAACACUGAACCCAGGUUUCACUUUGGUUCCUCUCCCCCUGUAUCGGUGGUGGCUUCCCAGGCCUGAGAGCCUAUCUGGUGCCUGGGCUGUGCCCACAGCUUCACCUGAGUGACCUCGGCCCAUCCUCAGAGCCAUCCUUGAGUGGAGCCCCAUUUACAGAUGAUAAAACUUCAGCUCAGAGACAUUAAACUAGCCAGGGGUCCGCAGCUGAGGAUCGCUAGAGCUGAGCAUUGAGUGAAACUGAUAAUGACUUCUAUCAGUUCCAAAUCCUCCUAGAAAACCAAGGAAUACUUUUCCACCCAGCUCUAUUCCUGACUCGGCAAGGUCUCAGGAGAAACAAAGCGUAGUCAGAUGAUCAAAUUUUUCAAAGAAGAUUCCAUUUAAGAGUCAAAGAUGUCUUUCAGUGUGAAAAGCUGAACAUUUUAAAAGUCAGUGACAAGAAACGGAGGUCUCUUCCACCUGUCACUGAGUCUUCCUUCAGCUCCCUAAUUCGCAGCAGGCAGAUGAGUGCCCGUCUUCCGUUCCAGAAGACUGUCCCCCAGCCCCACUGGCCUUGCUUUACAUUAAAGUAAGUAAUGAAUACAAAUGAAGCUGAUGGUUCUUUUCUUCUGGUCUCUACAUGUACGCUACCAUCAGCCGGUUAGGCAGACGGGAAGAUAGCUAACCCCCACUACUUCCUGACCUCUGACUGAUCAAGAAACAGAGAGGAAGGAAGGAAGGAAAGAAUAAGGGAAGAUGGGUCUAACAAAUCUUUGAGUGACAUUGCUUUCAUACUAAAAGGUAAUUCUAUUCCAUUUUUAUAAUUUUCCCCUAAAUUUUAUUUGCUGUCUUGCAGAUCACAAAAUGUAAUCCUUAAUGGGAUUUUUAUAGCACUGGUCGAACCAUCACAUAAAUCUAGAAACUUCAUCUCAGAUGGAAAGCUUACAUGUAAAGAAUGUAGCAAACGUUUACCAAAUAUUUGUUGAAUCAAAUUAUAAGACAAUGUGUGUGUCGUUUCCCUCCUCAGCUGAGACGUACCAUGUCUGAGGUCUACAGGACGACAGAGUUAUGACCUAGUCAGGGAUGUGGUUGUGCAGGGAGCUGUGUGUGUGUCGCUUGAAUUCAUGCUAAAAAGGUAGCCAAUCAUAAGCCCCAAAUUUUCUCAACCCUGGUGUUUAUUUUCAAAAAAUAUAUGCAGUGAUCAGUCUGAAUUUAACACAUUAAGACACAAGCCAUCCCUAACUUCCUGCCUUUUGGAUAUGAUUUAAGCAGAUCUUUAUAAAGUUAGGUUAAAUUAGGAGUCACUAACUUUUAGAGGAAAUAGUGUCUAAAGUAACGUUUCUUUUUAUAGAUGAGCCCAAAUGGAUCCGAAGAGACCAGGCAUUGUUUAUCAUCAUUCAUUCAGUCAGUCAGUCAUUUAUUAGGCACAAUCAAUUUGCCAGCCAAAGCACAGUCACACCCAGAAUGAACCCCGCGUUCGGCAUCUCACACUGCGGUUACUGGCAGCAGCAUAAGCGCCUUCCGACCUCAGCCCUCGUUCUGCCCUCCCACACUGCUUCUCUUUUUAGUGUCUAUGUUUAAUUCUAUGCCAGAGCAAUAAAGAAACAGAAGCUUUUCCAAGGUUGUCAUGUGAGCCCCACGAUAAACAACGAGCACACAUCAUGGCGAACGUAAGGUAGUGAUAGGAAUGGAAGGAUAAAUCAACAACGGAUGACUGCUUAUAGAGAGGAAGGUAACUUUACAAUUUGUGUUUAUGCCUCUCCUUUAAAGCAAGGCCACAAAGCAACAUCAACAAAAAAAAAAUUGAUAUACUCUUUUGGCAUAUAGUAUUUGACUCAAAGCAAUCAUCUCUGAAUAAGGUUUGGAGAUAUUUCUAAGAAUUUCUUUUAAGAAGAGACAUGAAAUUAGGAUGCCUCUGAAAUGUCUGAAAAGUUUUCUAAUGGUCACUUCACAGAUCCUCAGGAAGCAUUUUUCAUGAGCACAUACGAUGCUUUUUUUCCCCAAACCCCAUUCUUUCCCCUUGCCUUCUUUCUUAAAUGGAGGGACUGGGGAUUGAACCCAGGACCUCAUGCAUGCCAGGCAUGCACUCUACCACUGAGCUAUACCCUUCCCCCACCGAAAUCACCAUUCUGAUUUUUCACAGAGUGAUUCUUUCUGGCCACAGAGGAAUGGAAGAGGGACCAUCAGGUGGACAGAAGCAGGACACAGAGUGAGGGAGCCAGAGGCCCCCUGGACAAGUAGUGGGACGUAUGGGUUCAUGAAAGAUCCCCCUUCCCCAUGACCGUGGAGAAUCACCACAAGAGCAUCUCUCUGUACACAAGCGUUAGAGGUGGUGGUGGGCCUCCCCAGAAUGUAGUCUCCAGCAGUCACGUUAUUUAGGGGUCACAGAUUUCCAGGCAUAAACCUCAGUUACUGCAACCUGAGAGGCCGUUCUGAAGCCUCGCUCCCCACGCCCAGAAGAGCAGCACUGAGCUGCAGCCCCUGUCGUGGGUCGGAGCCAUCAGCCCCACCCCGUGUGGACACAUGCUGGCUUGAUACCGAAUCCAAGCCUCUCCUACAGUAUGGCCCAGUGUGGUUGGCUUUCCACAAGGUCAAGGGCACACGGUUUAAAGAUAAUGAUUAACGUGCAUAACUAAUUUUCUCUGAGUGAAAUAAUGCUGGUCAGGGGAUGCUAUAAACCCAUUGGUCCUCUAUGGAGGAAAAAGAAAGAGAAGAAAGCAUACUAAUUUUUAUGAGCACAGAAUAACUAAAAGAAUUCCAUGGUGAGUCCCAUGAAGUAGCAGCAAGCAGCUGACCUGAGGACAGUGCCAAGUCAGAGCCACGACCUCUAGCCCCCUGGCACCAUUCAUAGUUCGUUACGAGGUUGGCUGCUGUGUCCGCUGCUGCACCAGACAGGACGAGUCGUUACCGACAUGACGCUUCCAGAGAAAGAGCAUGUUUAACAAAACCGAUCAACAUCAAAACUAAUUAACCAUCUUGCUAAGAAACCAUCACCGCACGGUAUCAGCCCGGAACUCUCCCCUGUGCCGUCGCUGAAGCCUGUCAGCUACUCUGUUAUUAGAAUUUCAGAAGAUGCAAGAUUUGAUGUUUUUAUUUUACUUCCAUCCACCACAUUAAGCUGGUGGCCGUCUCCUCUCUCUGUUGCUUGAUUUGCAUUAAAAUGGAACUCAUCAAAUUCUUACUUCAUUAAGAGCUACGAAUGUUAACAAAAGGAGACGUUGUGUUUAAUUUAAGCUAACAUAACUGUUCUAGUGAGGGUCUGGUACAGAGUUGUAUCACGGCAACACUCCUAAUUAUUCCAAGUUAAUUCACCCAUCAGUAAGUUCUAAAACAUCCCUUAGCAUGUUGAAAGCACACUUUGGGUCUCUCAACAUCAGAAGAAAUUCCUAUUUGGAUUACAAGCCAGUAGGACACGUCUUCAUCAACACUGGCAUUUCAGCACAUUGUGGUUCGGACAAAUGAACACUUGUGUUUGGCGUGUUGGGCACGGCUACUAAAACUCGGCAGGUAGCCCUUCCCUGGGCCUCCCUGCUUGUGCUGCUGACAGUUCCUCUUCUACUCAAAUCGGAAGCAAUAGCGCGUCCUCCUGUAACCAGAGAUCUGUCUGCCGGUCACAGCAUUGUCAUUUCAUAUUCCUCUUUCAAAGAAUAUCCAGCUACUCCUAUUAACCUUUCUAAUGUAUUGUACACAGAAAAAGAAA